AUGGAAAUUGAUGGCAUGGCUGUUGAUAAACAAGUUAGCGAUAACCGCUUUAAUAGGAAGAUAACAUUUGCGGUUGUCAUCACUAGCAUUGUUGCUACAUUAGGCGGCCUCAUUUUCGGAUUUGAUAUUGGAAUUUCAGUUGGUCGUCUCACUGCAGCCAUAGGACGAAGAAACAUAAUGGUAAUGGAAGGCUUCACUUUCUUUGCUGGUGCUUUUAUCAAUGGUGCUGCUCAAAACAUUUCUAUGCUCAUCUUGGGUCGCAUUUUGCUAGGCUUUGGUGUCGGCUUUACUAACCAGGUAGCAAAACAUAGAGUCUAG